AUUGAUUUGAAAUGCUGGAAUUGUCUUUCUUAUUUGGGCCAGAAGAACGCAGACCGCAAGAGGAAUUCAGUCUAAUUGUGAGAACAAGACGUAUGUAUGGCUUGGGCGAAUUUUUAUCCAGACUCUAAACAGGUAUUAGCAUGGAAACCUUUUCUGCACGGCGGAUGAAAGAUUGGAAAGAAGAACCUCAGUCAGAACAGUGAUAGACAGCCGAUGAUUUUCCGGACUAUUUGUCGCCCAAUCAGGCUAGCUACACGCUAACCGUACUGAGACACGAUGAUGAACAACACUACCUCAUUCGAAUCGGAAUGCGGGUCUGCGUACCUAAAAUGGACUUUGCGACUAAUUUAUUCAAUCAUAUUCAUCCUUGGUUUGUUCGGAAAUGCAGUUGUCUGCAUAGCGAUUGUCAAACGAAAAGGGACUCAAACCAGCUGUAACAUAUUUACAUUCAAUCUUGCGUUCCACGAUCUAAUUCUCGUACUCGUCUACGUUCCAACGCAAAUGAUUUUUUUUGAAAACUGCUAUCAAUGGGUUCUUGGAAGUUUUAUGUGCUAUCUUGCUUACAUAAUACUUCCCUUGUCACUGUCUGUGUCCAUCGGUACUUUACUGGCCAUCACCGCUGACCGAUACCGCGCGAUUGUAUUUCCAGUCAAGUCUAGGCUAUCCAGGAGGCGGGUAAUGUUGAUAAUAGCUGUCAUUUGGGUUGCAUCGGCUGUAACCGCCUUACCUCUUCUAUUUGUCACCAAAUUCGUUUCGCCUCAGCCUGGGAUAAAGUACUGCGCAGAGUAUUGGACAUCGCCAAUGUUUCAAGAAAUCUACUGGAUAUCAAUGUUUUGCAUUCAGUAUCUGUUGCCCUUGAGUAUCAUUGCGAUCUUGGCGGGCAUAACGGCCUAUACUUUAAGGAAAAACGCACUCCCAGUUGCUAUGGAGACGUGCGCUCAAAGCGAGGUCUUUCGGAAGGCCAUUCAACGAAGAGCCAAACAAACACAACGGAUAAGAAACAUGCUCAUUGCACUCGUGUUGCUCUACGCCAUUUGUAUGCUGCCUCAGCACGUGGUGUACACGUUCUGGUCGAGAUACGGGAAUUUGACCGAAGCGAGUUACAGAGAGAUGGCAAACUUAAUAGCCAACAUCUUUCCAAUAGCAAACAGUGCGCUCAAUGCGAUUGCAUACGGAACAUUGAACAAGGAGUUCAAGGACGUUUUCAAUUUUUUGUUCAAAUGCACUUGCCUGAAGAGUAGAUACCUUUUAAGGAAACCUUCGACUUUUGAGACAGAAACUAGUGUGAAAAAGAAUGAAAGCGGACCACUUCUUCAUCAGGAAUGGAAAAAUGGACGAGAAACCAUGGUGUCCCCUCUUCCAAAAAUGAAAAUUAAAAAAAACGACUGCACGCAGGACUCGUGCAACCGCGGGAACAAUUAUUCGGCCGAUCAAGAACGUUUAGGUCUUAUAGUCUUUACGGGCGUGGGCUCCAGCAGAAGAGAGAGCCUACAAUAUAUUUCUUCCGGAGAUAGAGAAGAGCUUCCACAAAAGGAGACAGUCGUGUAAUGCAUAUAACUACAGCUUUUAUGAUAGAUACACCUUGACAAAUUAGAUAGCCACCAGCGACUUGCUUUAACAUGGUAGCUUUGCCUGCGCACGCGCUGGUGUUUUGGCUAUUGCAACAGCUUGUCUUAAAACAAUUUAAAAACAACCUUUCUUUAAGUGUAAGCUAUCUUCAAUAAUCUUUACCAACGAAGGUAAGGUUAUACGAAAUUGUAGAGAUUAUGUGAUAUGUCUAUAGAAAAGUAAACAAAACAAAAUUAGUAACGAUGAUAACAAUUAUGUUAAUGAUGAUGAUAGCUGUAACACUAAUGAUAGUAUCUAUGCUAAUACUUAUGUUAUGACUAUGAUUCACAUUGAUGAUGUCAAUAAUAAUAGUAAUAAUAAUGAUGAUGAUGAUGAUCAUCAUAUGGAGUCGGCGAUGAUGAUGACAGCAAGGACGAUGAUAAUAAUCUUCAAUAAUAACUUCAAUUUAUGUUUUCCAGCUUCAAACCUUCUCACAGGAUAAAAAUAGACAUAAAUUCGUGACAAGAAAUAGUCAUUUCACUGUUACGUCAAAUCUCAAUUUCAAAUAUUAUUCUCGUCAAAUCAAAAUCAGAGGUCUAUCUAAUCUAGUAGUUCCAACAGUAACAUUAAAAGAGAGAGCCAACCUGCCAAGGUGCUCAGUGAA